CGGGUGGGCGGCCGGGGCGACACUGUGGGUGGUGCCAGGUCUGCUCGAAGGCCGCGGAACCGCCAGCCUGCUCGGCGGCCCCGAAAAGGUACGGCAGAUGAAGGUGGCGUACGGCAGGGUUGCCGUACUGCCUGACGCCGGUCCGCUUCCCGGUCUGGAGGCGGAGGUGGUGGCGGCCACCUACCGGGGUCCCUGGGGGCUGUUCUGCGAAAGCAGUCUGGGGCUCCGAGACCCGGGGGCGGUGGUGCUGGCUGACCUGGCGUUCGGGGUGUACGAGCACCCGGUGCGGUGGGAGCUGGGGGCCAAGCUGGCGGGCAUCCACCGGCGCCUGGGCUGCCCGCUGGUGUACCCCCUGAUGCGGGCCCAGCCGGCUGCGGGUCGCGCCUGGCUGGCGGAGGUGAUGUCGUG